CCUGCUGAGACCUCUCUGCAGCCACAGACACCUGGUUCAGCUGGACAGCUCUGCGUGGAUGGAGGGCAGACUCACAGACAUCUUCUCUGGUUUAGGGGUUGAUAUUCAUUUUGUUCCACCUGUUAAAGGAUCAUCUUCAUCUCCACCACUCGUGCCGCAUCAGCUCCAACGCACACAUGAGGUCUCACUGCCUCAGCUUGUAGCCCACCUGCAGGGCUGGACCGGACCUGCUCUGUUUCCUCUGACAGACCUGAAGGGAUCAGUGGUAGAUGUGUUUCUCCCAGGCCUCUGGGUGACGCUACACAUCAUCUGCAUCAACACAUUUGUGCUCCACACUCUGCAGAGCCAGGGUGGCUCAGGCAGGCAGGUCCACCUAGCAGAGUUCACCAGGACUCUGUCCUCUAAGCUGGCCGCGGACAGCAGCAUCACCGUGCCUGUUCUGCCACGACUAAACAGCAGCUCAUACCAAGAGACGAGUUUAACAAAUCUUUCUAAGCAAAGGGAGAAUGCUAUCAGCUGCGGUCAGCUGAUGGAAAAUGAGAAACGAGGCUGCAGCUCUGCAGUGAGGCUGCAGGGGUGGAACAGACCAGGCGUGUGCGGUUUGGACAACUCCGGCAACUCCUGCUACUUAAAUGCUGUUUUACAGUGUCUGUGUUCCACUGUGCCCCUCGUGGAGCACCUCCUUAAUCGGGACUCUCGCAAAGAGCUGGGAAGGUCUAAGUGCCGGAUGGCUGAGAUGUUUGUCCGCCUGCUGGAGGAGAUGUGGCUGGGAAGGAGCUCCAGCUGUGCCCCUGUGGAGGCCAGGUCUGUGCUGUGCUCCAUCCUCCCACAGUUCAACAACUACUCCCAGCAAGACGCCCAGGAAUUGCUGCUCUUUCUCCUCAAUGCACUCCACGACGACCUCAAAAAGGUUGCAAAGCGCCAGAUGCGCUCCUCAAAACGACAGCCGAGACAAGACCAGAAUAGAAACUGUGCCACUGCAGCGGGGGAGACCACCACCAUUGUAUCACAUCUGUUUGAGGGCCAGCUGGGCUACAUGACCCUCUGCAUGCACUGCGACCACCAGACACACAGCACACAGACCUUCACUGUCCUGUCACUACCGGUUCCAACAGACAUCAUCAAGUGCUCUAUUCAGGAUUGCCUGUCCCUGUUCUUCGAACAGACUAUCCUGACCGGUGGAGAGCAGAUGCUGUGUUCAGUGUGUGGGCUGAGGAGAGAAACGACAGUCCUCACUUGUUUGGAUAAACCUCCCGAAAUCCUCAUUUUGCACCUGAAACGGUUUGGUUGUAAGGGGAAGAACCAGGUGAAACUGAGGACUAAUGUCGUGUUCUCCAUGAGGCUCGAUGUCUCCCCGUUUCUAUCCAGCUCAGUACAGAAAACCUUAUAUUCUUCAUACCGCCUAUAUGCUGUUGUGAACCAUACAGGUCAUCUGAACAUGGGUCACUACACAGCUCUGUGCCACAAUGCCCUGACUCGGACCUGGCACUGUUUUGACGACUCAGCGGUCAGGGAGGUACAGGACAGCUUUGUGCAAUCUCCAAAUGCCUACGUGCUGCUUUACAGCCGCAAGCCCUUUCAAAAGCCAAAGAUCCACGGACUCUGAGCGCUCCAACCAGCAAGCCAAAUCCAUUAGGGGACUGAGUUUCAACUUCCUUUUCUACAACUGGAUGGAAUUACUUCAACCACAUAUGGUUUUCCUCAGGUAAAGUUAAAGUGAACAUGUAAAGGAUAAUGUACAGCGAGCUGGUCAUUGUUGUGAAAUAAACCCCGACCUGGCAAAGCCCUGAAGGAGUUUAUUUCGCAACAAUGACCCGCUAGCCGUACAUUACCCGCUUAUUACACGGCUACUUACUCAAGAAAUCAAUUUGACAAAAAAAAUGGUCUUCCAGUGUCCGACAUCAGAACUGCACCCAUAGCAACGG